AUGGGUCUGGAGGAUUUUGAAAAGUCAUUGGUGGAAGAUCAGGAGAGACGACGCGCGAAAAGCGACCGGGACAGACAUCAUCGGCAUCGAGAUCGCAGCCGGGAUCGCAGCAAGGAUCGUUCGAGGCACCAUCGGCAUCACCAUCACCGUCGUCACUCAUCCCGAUCGAGAGAACGCGAGUCCGAUAAACACAGAGGAUCGCGCCAUGGCGAUGAAGAUGGACAUCGGCAUAAACGGUCUCGCCACUCAUCGGACCACACCGACGAUCGAGACCACACUCACAAACGGCGGCACCGACGGGAAGACAGAGAGAAUGAUGCAGAUUCCCCCGUGAAGGAAGUCGCCCAGGAGGAACCGAAUCGUCUACAAAGAGAUUCAUGGAUGGAAGCCCCCUCCGCCCUUGAUGUGGAUUACGUACAACGACGCGAUACCACGCGCCUGCAGGAGGAACCGAAGCCGAAGAUGCUCUCAGCGGAUUACGAACUCAAAAUUCACAGCAGGGAGCUGAAUAGCCACCUGCGCGAUUUAAAAGAUGGAAAAGCGUUGGAAGAAGUCGAACAAGAGCCGGCUCAGCACGAGGUUGAUUAUACGUUUGGCGAUGCCGGCUCGAAGUGGAGAAUGACCAAGUUGAAGGCCGUCUACAGGGAAGCCGAGGAGAGCGGCAGACCAGCAGAAGAAAUUGCUUUUGAGCGCUUUGGCGAUCUGCGAUCCUUUGAUGAUGCUCGAGAGGAGGAGGCGGAGCUAGAACGACGCGAUACAUACGGUGAAGGGUAUGUGGGCAAGGAGAAACCUACCGGGGAAUUGUUCCAAGAAAGAAAGCUCGAGCAAAACGUUCAUCGCGACCCUCAUGACCAUGUACGAAGCCCUGUACGGGAACUCGAUGCCCAGGGACAAGGCAAACCUAUGGACACUGAGCCUCCUUCGAAUACCACGCAGCCUCUGGACUUGACGGCUCUCAACCGGCUGAAGGCUCAGAUGAUGAAGGCCAAGCUCAAGAAGUCGGCGGACGCUGCCGAACUCGAAGAGCAGUAUAACGCUGCGGCGGCAGCAAUGGCGAACCGGAAAGAACCCAACGUUGUCGUACUAGGCGUCAAGGAUAAUCGUAUGCUGGCUGGAGCGAGAAACGAGGUGAAAGCGGUGGACACCAAACGGGGACGCGAGCGUGGCAAAGUGGAGGAUAAUGAUGACAUGAGCAUCGACGACAUGCUACGGGAAGAGCGAAGGACACGAGGGCAGUUUGGCGGGGACGGACGACGACUCGCCGAGAGAAUUGCCAAGGAUGGCAAAUUUGAGGUAUGUUCCUGGCCGGAAAGGCUUGACGCGGACGUUAUACUAACACGGGUUUUGUCAGAACGACUUGGAAUACAUGGAUGA